AUGUCAAUUCAGGAGGUGUGGGCUCAGCAUGACAGCGAGCAAUUACAGGAGAAGACGUCCAGUGUUCUGCCCUAUGCCCACUACUUCCACAGUGGUGUAAUGGCACGCGGAUUGGUUCGGCGAAGUGGUCGAAGUGGUGUGCACGGGCUUGUGCACAUAAGAAUCCAGCAGAGGAACGGUCGCAAGACGCUUACCACUGUCCAGGGCCUGUCCGCGGAGUAUGACUUGAAGAAAAUAGUCCGCUCCUGUAAAAAGGAAUUUGCCUGCAAUGGAACUGUGAUCGAGCAUCCGGAGUAUGGUGAAGUUCUGCAGCUGCAGGGCGAUCAACGUGAGAACAUCUGUCAAUGGUUGACUAAGGUUGGAUUAGCCAAACCCGACCAGCUGAAGGUGCACGGCUUUUAAGCGGAUGCCAAGGAACAAAAAAUAUUUCAUUCUUAAGCCACAUUCAACAUGCAGAAGUUCUUCUUCGUUUAAAUUAUCUAAAAACAAUCUUGAUAGAACAUUAACACAAAGACAGAAGCAAUAGACCAUUAAUUGAGAAAGAUGUUAUAAAUAAAUUAAAUGUUCAAUUUAAAUAAACAACGGACGUUGCUUAGUACAA